AUAAAUAAAUAAAUAAAUAAAUAAAUACUAGUGCGACACACUCUAGUUUGCGCGUAGGGUUUUGGGGAAAGGGACCCGUACUCGACCUACGUCCUCCACUCCGACAUCAAACCGGAGUCGGUGAAACGACACGCAAACGCGGGGGCCUCGAGGACUAUGGUCCAGCAGUUAGGACAGCCAUUUCACGCCGAUCUACAACCGGUUUUAGCACCGUUAGAGACUCCAUUCGACGACUUGCCUAUGCUGGUAAAGGAAAAACAAGAUAGGAAAAAUGACCUAUUAGCGUCCCGCGGCGCGUCGCGGAUGGUACACGUAGCUAUGCGUGAAUUAUUUUGACGUGACGUCGACCGCUACACGUAGAUCCCCAACGACCUCGGUCCAGCGAGAGCGCAGUGCGCCCUGGACCACCCGCGGCCGCGUCGAAACCAAUAUUUCGCCCCACGGACUUCUCUUCUUUAAUGGACUCUGGCAACGUUACAUUUCAUCAAGGUGCGUGGUCUAUCCUACUAGUUUUCUGCAGCGCCGAGCCGAACAACGCCGAGUCUUUGCUCCUCCGUGCGUACAUCCUCGCGCCGGCCGCCAGUGCAUCGCCCUAACCAAACGAAAAGCGUGUCGUGCGUCGUUGCUGUGGGCGAAACGCCGACGAGGUGGCGCUGUUUGGAGCAGCCUGAAGAGCACUAAGGCUGGGGAGUUUAAGACAAAGCUAAAGAUAAAUCACUUGCGAUCGAGCCCCGGGCCUCCUGAGCUCGCGGGUUUCUACGUCGACAGCCAUUUUGGGGGCACUCU